ACUACUCUCUCCCUUCAAAACAGUCUACCAAAGAAAUAAAAAAAUGGCGACACAAAAUGCGCUUCUGAAGAACGCUCUCAUCAUUUUCCUCUUCACUUUAACCAUUAUGACAGAAACAGCGUUUUCACAAAACUGCGGUAAAAACGGAUGUAAAGGCAACAUGUGCUGCAGCAGGUGGGGAUAUUGUGGAACCACAAACGCCUACUGCGGCACAGGGUGCCAGAGUGGACCAUGCAAAUCCAAACCUAAACCUACUCCGACUCCUAGCGGUAGCGGCGGUCUAAACGCUGGUCCUCGUGGUACCAUAGCUAGCGUGGUCACACCAGCGUUCUUCAACAGCAUCAUGAGUAAAGUUGGAAGUCGUUGCCCAGCUAAAGGGUUCUAUACUCGCCAAGCUUUCAUCGCUGCCGCUCAGUCUUUUGCAGCCUACAAAGGAACCGUUGCUAAGCGUGAGAUUGCCGCCAUGUUGGCUCAGUUCUCUCACGAAUCCGGAAUGGUUAUCCAUUUCAUGUUUUGA